AUGUCCUACCGCGACGACCGCCCCGGCCCUCCGCGCCGCUCCAAGACGGAGCAGUUCCUCGCCGCCCUGGAAAGCGGCCACAUCGCCGACGCAUUCCGGUCCCGCUCCCGCUCCCGCUCCAAGGCCGCCGGACCAGACCCCGCUCCUCGCCGCACCCGCAAGGGCUACCACCCAGACCCGGACUACGACUCGCUGUCGGACGACUACGACUCGGACUACAGCGACGACGGCUACGCUCCUCCGCCGCGGCCACGGGGACGCGCGGCCACGGCCCGCCGCCAGCCGUACAACGACUCCUUCUACGACGACGACUACGACAGACAGUCCCCGCACCCCCGGGCCAGGAGGGGCCGCUCGUCGGACUACCACGGGAGCACCACCGCGCCGCGGAGGCCCGCCGCGGCCGCCGCGCGCAGGCGGCACUCCAGCUCCGGCGGGCCGGACUGGGGCCAGGCCGUCAAGGCCGCCGUGGCGGCGGGCAUGAUCGAGGCGUCGAGGGCCAAGAGCGACCGCGAGAGGGUCGCGCGCGCCGUGACGGCCGCGGCGGGCGCGGCGGCCGUGGACGUGCUCGUCGGGCGGCGCGAGGGCGACGGCAAGAACAAGAGCAAGAGCAAGCGCCACAUCGCCCAGAGCACGCUGGCCGGGCUGGCGCUGGACCGCCUGACCAACGGGUCGCGGAAGAAGUGA